ACAGACAGAUAUUUUUAGCAAUAUAUUCUUAUUCGUUCAUGACAACUCCCUAGUUCAUAAAAGCUCUCAACAGUCUUGAUCUCAUUAGUAACUAAAAUUGUUUUCAUGUAUUAAAUCCAUUUGUUUUAGGCGAUAUUGAAAAAUGGCAAGCGAAGAAGUGAUAGAUGCUAACAAGAAACCACAGCCCGUGUUUAAGAACCGUUUGUUCCAACAGAAAUUUCGACCGACAAGCAAUAGUGGCAAAAAACGCACUUGGCGUUCGUUGAAGCAAGUUUUGGCUCAGGAACGUUCGUUGCCAUGGCCAGUGACAGUAAAACACUAUAGUUCCAUUAAUGCACCGCCAAGCUUCAAACCUGCUAAGAAGUAUUCCGACAUUUCCGGAUUACCGGCACGAUACACUGAUCCACAGACUAAAUUAUAUUACGCAACUGCCGAAGAAUUUUCAACGGUUCGCAGUUUACCGAUGGAUAUAACGGCUGGAUAUUUAGCUUUACGUGGAGCAUCUAGCAUCGUCGGUUAAAUAAUUACAUAUUUUAUGUUCAUUCAUAAUCAGGAAACAAGACAACGUUCAAUAUCUCGAGUGCAAUUUCGUUUUUACACAGAGAACAAGAGAAUAUUUUAACGAGGAUAGAGAAUAGACGGAACAAUUCAAUUCAAUAAAAAGACAGAGUAAAUAAAGUAUUGAUAUUUUUAUCUCAC